CAAGUUCCAGAACAUGCUAGACGCAAUGGACGGUGUCGACUCAGAGUCUGAAGGGGAAGAUGAGAGAGUGCCACUUGUGUACAUCGACUUUGACGGCUUCCCCGACGUAGAACACUUGCUGAUGUCUUUGUCGGCCAUUCACGAAGCGGAACGCGGGGUGCAGGAUUCCUUGCGCUCAGCUCGGACGCGGAGUCCUGUGGCCCCUCGACAGAUGUUGACUCACGCAGACAUUCAUCAGAUGUAUGCGGUACAUGGCGCGGAGCACUUUGCCGAAAUGGUGAACCUUGUUCUGAAGUUGUCGCUUGCUAUGAUGACCUUUGGCCAAACAGCGGCGGACACAGAAGAUAUCAUUCUGAGUGUUUCUUCAUCAAUCGGUUUGCCCGUGAUCCACUUUCAGGUUGGACUCAAUAGCCUUGAUGCUUCCUUUCAUGGUGGCAUUGUGCACAAGCUUGGCUUCUCACGAGGGCUUGAUGCUGACAAGUUGGCGGCUACGAUCAGCCUGGCAAGCCUCAUUGCCAACAAGGUUGGGAACGUGCAGGGCGCAGUCGACCUGCUGGACGAGAUCUUUUCCCACCGCGCGCCUUACGGUGUGGUAAUCCAAAAGGCCUCCUUCUACGGCCUGUCCGUCCUGGCUGCAUUGGCCGCUUUCAUGGGCACUUCUGAAGAUGUGCUGGCCGUAGCUAUCAUCAUGCCUGCCGUCAUGUUGGUGCAGUCCUGCUGUCGCAGGUUUUGCAGUGAAUUAGAAGCUUUUGCCGUGGCUUUGGCGGUUGGUGGCCUCACUCCGGCCGUCGCACGUCUUCUCCACCUGCCACUCUGCGAUGUGCCCGUUAUCUAUUUGUCGCCGCUGCUUACCUACCUGCCAGGGUCGCAGCUCACAUAUGGAGCCUACGAGAUCCAGUUUGGGUGUUUGCACAACGGGGUCAGCCAGCUUGGCUCGUGUGUGGUGCGCUGCAUGUUUCUUUCUUUGGCACUUCUUCUUGGUUGGCAGUUCUUUGGCCAUCGGUUCUACACGGGGCCAACAGCAUCAGCUGCAGCGGCGUCUAUGGUCCCUGUCAACAUGUCAUGUAUGUUUCCAUACUCUUGGGAGGUUGUUUUUCUUGCCUGGAAUGUUCCGUUGCUCCUUGUGGCUCUAAUUGGCCUCAACCUGCCUCUGAAAAAGAUGUGGGCACCAAUGCUCAUUGCUUACGGAAGCCUGCUUGUUUACAUCGUGCUGUUAAAGCAUCCGGCGGUUGCUGGUGGAAUUCCUGACCGCAUCAUUGACUGCAUCGCCUUAUUUAUAGCGGCCAACAUGGCCUGCCUGUAUGAAUACAAAACCGCAACUCCAGCAGUUCUCGCGAUCCUCCCUGUUCUUUUGAUCUUAGCGCCUGGUUCGAAGGUCGUGCUAUCUGUGUUGGCUUCGAUGCAGGGGGCAAAGUUGUCCGUUCAGAUGGAACCGGUGCUGGACCUGAUGCUACAAGGUGUUGCCUACGCUGCGGGCCUCACUCUUGCACUUCAUUUCUGGAGACCCUUCCUACGGCGAAAGGCUAGGAAGCGCUGUCAGCAGCACAUGUACUGACGUACCUCUGGGAGGACAUGUUUUCUGGAACGGCAUCCUGAACCUUGGGA